UCGAGAAUGGAAAAUCAAGGUCAACAACAAGAGGGAGCUAAUGUUGUGAACAUUCAAGGCUCAAAUGUUCAUGAAGUUCAUGGCGAAGUGUUUCAAGUCGAUAACAUUCAGCAAGCUCAUGCAGAAGUAAUUCAUGCAGGCAAUAUUCAGCACUUCCAUGCACAUUAUGACAUUCAUGCUGUGCCACCUCCAGGCGGACAACCACCUCAAGUACAAGCUGAUGCAGGGUCUACUGGGAAUAGCCAAGAGGAAAUGCCAUCGACAUCGGGUUCUGCCUCUAGUUUACAAGGCACAGAACGACGCAACGUUGACUUAGGAUACAGCAAUCAAGAUUUGCUUGUGGCCGGUUCUGCAUCAUUAUUACAAACAGAGAAACCUAUGAAUGUAGAAAUUAAAGAAUCAAACAUUAACAUUAUGGGAGGUGAAGGAAUGAUAACUAAGGGAGAAGGAGCAACUACAAUUAUUCGUGACAGCGUUAUUAACAUCGGGGAAAGAUCAAGUGAUGGUGCAGCACGAAAGAAAAAUGAAUUCACUGAUGCCAGACUUGCUUCAAACGAUAUUCCUUGUCCAGUCUAUGAGGUGGCGCCUCCUCCAUUAGGUUUCCUACAAACUGUGCAGCGAGCCAUAUUUGGAGGUUUCCUACAAACUGUACAGCGAGCCAUUUUUAAAGAUGCCAGAAAAGAUGAGAAGAGAAGAUUACUUAAAGAAUUUCUCUCAUCCCGGCCAGUUAAAAAAAUGAAAUCUUAUCAGAAGUUGGAGCUGUUUGGGAUAUUAUAUGAAGCUAAUGACAUAGAUCUUAUUCAUUCCUGCGUCAAAAAGAUUAAUCUUGCAGGCGAAUCUCUCACAACAGUAGGGAUGCAUGCAAUAUCAUCAGUAAUGCGACGCCGCAGCCAACUAGACUUGGUUCAUCUUAAGAACUGUUGUCUCAGUGCUGAGCUGAUUCAUAUCCUGAAGUCAAAUCUGAAAGGUUCCAGUUUGAAGAUAAAUCAACUAGAUGUCAGUCUGAACCCAAAGCUUGGACCUGAUGGUUUUGGUCAAGUUGGACUAGUUGUUACACAAUGUCGAGUGGAAGCAUUUGAUGCCCGGAGUUGUAAUCUGACGGCAGAAGAAAUGGAAGCAUUCAAGGAAAACACUCUCAAUGUAAAGUUGGAUAGACUAGAUGUCAGUAUGAACCCGAGCCUUGGAGCUGCUGGUUUAAAAAAAGUUGGAUUGGUUGUUACACAAUGUCAGGUAAAGGCACUCAAGAUUGAGGAAUGCAAUCUGACAGCAGAAGGAAUGGAAGCAUUCAUGGAAAACACUCGCAAUACAAAGCUGAAUGUACUAGAUGUCAGUACCAACCGGAAGCUUGGAACUGAUGGUUUUGGUAAAGUUGGCUCGGUUGUUACACAAUGUCAGGUGGAGGAACUUGUAGCCCAAAACUGCAAUCUGACAGCAGAAGAAAUGAAAGCAUUCAAGGAGAACACUCGCAAUGCAAAGUUUAAAAAACUACUUAUCGAUGACAAUAAGAACCUUGGACCUGAUGGUUUUGGUCAAGUUGGAUUAGUUGUUACACAAUGUGAUGUGAAGGUAUUUGAUGUCCGGAAUUGCAAUCUGACGGCAGAAGAAAUGGAAGCAUUUAAGGAAAACACUCGCAAUGCAAGGUUGAAUAAACUAAAUAUCAGUAAGAACUCAAACCUUGGAGCAAAUACUCUUGGUGAAAUAGGAUUGGUUGUUUCACAAUGUCAAGUGAAUGCAUUUGAGGCUCAGAGAUGCAAUUUGACCACAGAAGAAAUAAAAGCAUUUAAGGAAAACACUCGCAAUGCAAGGAUGUCGUUCCUGAAUCUGAGUUUUAACCCAGUCAGCAAAUUUGGGGAUGAAGGAUUAUCUACAAUCAGUGAAAUUGUUCGUCAAUGUCAGAUUCUAACAUUGAGGAUGCAACAUUGUGGCUUCAACAAGGAUCAGUUGAAAAGAUUCAAAGCAUUGUUAACCGGGGUUAAUUUCAGGGGCGACUAGAGAAUUCACAAACAGUGAAUCGAAUAAACCUUGAAGCCGGGAAUAAGUCAUUCAAGCAUUAAUUUAAUGAACUUCAACCUGUUCUUUUUUAUCAGCGAAGAUAGGUUCAUAGUAUAAGUUGUCUGUUUCUUCUACAAACAAGGCUCAAGCAAGCAUUCAUUUAUACAUAUGUAUCUUCCGCAAUGCUCAAAGAUCAGAUGCCAUUAACAUACCGUAUUUGCUCGUUUUGUAGCCCGGGCCCAUAUUUUUUUCAACCAACUCACUAACCGGGCCCUUAUUCAAACCGGCCCUUAUUCAAGCACAGGCGCUUG